CAAAAACAAAGAACACAAUUCACAAACGCAAAACAAAACCAUCUUCUCAUCUUAAAACAUACCUUGAAUCAUAUAUUCUUAGCAUAACACAUAUAUCUUUUUCUAACUUUGCUUAUGAUCAUGAUUUCUACAUGGAAAAGGCGUAGGGCUGCACGGCGGGCGGCCAAGGAGCUGCUCGGUGGAGAGGGCUCCGAGAUGGAGCUUACGACACCAAAUCAUUUCCGUUGUCCGAUAUCGCUGGACUUGAUGAAAGAUCCGGUCACGUUAUCGACUGGGAUCACGUAUGAUCGCGAGAACAUUGAGAAGUGGAUUGAGACCGGUAACGUUACGUGCCCCAUUACUAAUCAGGUUUUAACGAGUCUUGAGGCGAUACCGAAUCAUACCAUAAGGAAAAUGAUUCAGGAUUGGUGCGUUGAGAAUCGGUCUCACGGCAUUGAGAGAAUCCCCACGCCGAGAAUUCCCGUGAGUUCCAUGGAGGUUUCUGAGAUUCUUUCAAAGAUUACAAUGGCGAGUAAAAAGGAGGAUCAAGUUAAGUGUAGAGAUUUGGUGAUGAAGAUCAAGACUUUGGUGAAGGAGAGUGAACGAAAUAAGAGGUGCAUUGCCGGGAAUGGGACGGGAAGUGUUUUAUCAGCAGCGUUUGAAGGGUUUUCGAAAACAUGUUUCGAAGAAAACGUUCCCAUUUUGGAGGAAAUAUUGUCAGCUUUAACGUUAGUGUUUCCACUCGACGGAGAGGCAGUGUCUCAUUUGGGAUCAUCUUCAUCUCUGCAUUGCAUUGUUUGGUUUCUCAAGAGCGGGGAUUUAUCCCGGAGAAGAAACGCCGUUUUUGUGCUGAAACAGAUCGUUUCUUCGGAGCAAAGAAAAGUAAACGUAUUAUUAGAAAUCGAAGGCGUCAUGGAAGCAUUAUUCAAGCUGAUCCAAGAGCCCAUUUGCCCGACUUCCACAAAAGCCUCAUUGAUCGUCAUCCAUCACAUGGUCACAUUUUCUACUACAAAUGAGAAAAUCGUAUCGAAACUUGUUGAUAGUGGGCUAGUCUCAGUACUCCUAGAAAUUCUCCUGGACGCUCAAAGAAGCUUAUGCGAAAAGGCGCUAUGUGUUCUCGAUGGAAUUCUCAGCUUCGAAAAUGGAAGAGAAGAGGCCUACAAUCAUGCCUUAACAGUGCCGGUUAUAGUGAAGAAAAUACUGCGUAUUUCGGAUAUGGCGACGGAGGCCUCGGUCUCCAUCUUAUGGAAGCUGUGCAUGAAUGAGAAGAGGGAGGAGAAAUUCGCCCUUGCGGAGACGCUUCAAGUGGGGGCUUUUCAGAAACUCUUGUUGCUUUUGCAAUUGGGUUGUGGCGAGAAAACGAAGGAGAAAGUGACUGAAUUGCUGAAGCUGUUGAAUCUUUAUAGGGAUAGAUUGGAGUGUAUUGAUUCCAUGGAUUUCAAGGACCUGAAGAGGCCUUUUUGAAGUGAUGAUCUUUGAGAUAAUUUUACAGUUCAGUUAUUGUACAAAAACACAAAUCAAUCAUACAACUUAUACA